CCGAGGGGCGCCGGCGGUAAUGUUGGUUCGACGAGCCAAAGAUAGAGAAAAUAAAAUGUAAAAAUUGUAAUACCGGCAUCGCUCGCCUGACUGUCCACCUUUACACGUUACUCAAUGCCAACACGAACGGGGGAAUGUCUUUGAAUGGUAUUCCGACUCUGGUAGAGUCCCAACAGAAGAGAGUGUAGUAGAUUCGGUGGAUCCUCCGGCAUUUGCACCACAUAGUCCACAUAGGACGACAUACCCGAAGUGCACAAAGCGGCGCACGCGAUGAGACAUCAAUAUAUCAGACCUUCCUUAAAACACUGCCGACGGCAUCUUUCUAACUUGCCGGGGGAGAUCGAGCUAGUCGAUAUUGAGUCAAUGAAAUACAGCAAACAUUAGCCAUUCACCAAAAGAAGCAAUCGGGAUGGAAGGUCAACACGAGGAUAACCCAACUACAGCGGAAAAUAGCGAGUCCAGCUCGGAUGUCGAUGCUGUUGACCCGAGGCUAGAAAGCAUGCCAUUCAUCGAAGCCUUCGGUCACCGUUACCAUGCCUCAGGCAAGAUUUAUCUACCCUUCGAUCAACACGAACGGGAGAGAUUAGAAAUAUUACAUAAAGUCUUUCGACACUGCCUAGAUGGUGCUUUGACCCACACACGGUUGCCGUUAGAUACGGCGCAAAUAUUAGACCUAGGUACUGGGACCGGGGUAUGGCCCGUGGAGAUGGCAGUGCGUUACCCCCAGGCUCAAAUAACCGGUAUAGACGUAUACCCAAUACAGAGGAGGAAUGGGGUACCGCCCAACGUCAAAUUUGAGAUUGGAAACGUUGAAGAACCGUUAGAUUGCCCAGAUAAUUCGCUCGAUUUCGUCCAUGCACGAGGAAUAGCUGGUGGCAUACACGACUGGCCGGCAUUGCUUCAACAAGUAUACAACAAGCUUAAGCCAGGCGGACUUUUUGAGAUGACAGAGGUCUCUCUCAACGUUCUCGACUUCGACGGCAAGUUCGCCGAAGCCGACCUAUGUCCCGAGUUUCUACGAAUAUUUCGGGAAUUGUCAACUGAGGUAGGCGUGGAUUUCGACCCGUCGCGACGCGUAACCGACUGGCUACUGGACGCCGAAUUCGAGAAGAUAGUCCAACGGAGCGAGAUACUUCCCAUGGGAAAUUGGGCACAAGACGAGAAAUUAAAGACGCGACAGAAUUUAAUUAACCAGAUGACGAAUGAACGACUAGAAUCCUCCUUUAUGGACAAUCAUUGCGGCUUGCUAUUCCAGAGUUGCGGCUGGACGAAAGAAAAAUACGAUGAGAUAGUCCCCUCAUUUUGGCAGGAAAUCCGAGCAGCAACAGGAAGGCCCUACAUAACAGCGUGAGAAGCCCCUUUUCGGACACCACUCAGCGCAUACUGAUAUAACCUAGCGUUUUCACCACUGCGAGAAAACCUCGCGGGGAAACCAACGCUUGAAACACCUUAAGACCUUA